AUGCAGUCCGAGUCAUCUCCUCAAUCUCAACUUUCUCGAUUAUGUGAGUUGGAAUCAGAAGAUAAACCUGUACGAUGUUCAUCACCCGAAAAAUGUGCCGUAUGUCUAAAUUUUAAACGUGUAAAUGAAACAUCAUCAAUUGAUUCUUGUUCACAUACUUUUUGUUAUUCGUGCAUUUGGGAAUGGUCAAAAGUUCGAGCUAUUUGUCCACUAUGCAAACAACCCUUUACAUCAAUACAACGUCCGAGAAAUGGCUAUGCGGGAGAAAUAUAUGAAACGAUUUUGAUUCGAGCACCAACACGAACUCAAAUGCAAGAUGUUUUUGAAUGGGUCAAUAGACAAGAUCCAGCAGCACCUGUAAUACAAAAUCCACCUCCACAAGAGAUAUUUCGACAAAUGGUCUAUAUGGAAUGGCUACACUCUAUACAGUCGAUUUUUAGAAUACCAUCACAGACAAAUUCAAACACUACAGUCCCUGCUCUACCGACUCGUGCAUCUACCUCUAUAACGACUGAUCAAACCUCAUCUUCUACUCUUUCGCCAUUAUUUCGUAGUAGUCAGAAUUGGUCGUCAAUCGUCUCACUGGACACCAUUCAACAUUAUCUUCAACGCUAUUUGAGACAAACAACAUCGGAUUUAUGCCAGUCAACCAUUCACUCCGCUUCUACUCGACAGACAGUAGCUUUUCGUAAGUAUAUUUAUUUAAAUUCAUUGUACGUACAAUUACCAAUGACUGCCACACACAAUCAAACGCGUCAAUGUUCGCCACAAUGGUACCGAGAAAAUCCGGCCUGUUUACAUCGUCUAGUACCAUUUUUAGCUCGUGAGCUGUUGGCUCUUCUAUAUAAUGAUGAACGUACCAUCCAGUUACUUAUUCGUGAGAUACUUCAGUCGAUUCAACAUAAUGAAAUAAAAUCUCGCCGUAUCAAACGUCAAUUAGCUCAAUAUCUCGGUCGACAUACCAAACAUUUUCUUCAUGAAUUUUAUUCAUUUGCCCAAUGUCCAUAUGAUGUGAUGGGUUUUGAUCGAUAUGCCAUCUACGCAAAUGGAUCGAAUAGACAAGGAGAAAUAGAACAGUUAUCAUCAUCAAUUAUUGAUGUUGUCGAUAGUGGAGAUGAUGAUGAUGAUGAAGAACAACGUCAACAGAAUGAUCCAAUUAAUUUAAAUCAAAUACCAUUACCCGAAGAUAAUGAUGAUGUUGUGGAAAUUCUAGAACAACAACAACACAGAGUAAAUGAAUUGAGAUUUAUUUUACUUAUGGAUUCAAUACAUAAAAAUAUCAAUCAAAAAAAUAUAGUGGAGAAGAAUACGAUUGUUGUGCAGCGAACUCACAAUCCAUCAACAUCUGUAAGCUCAAAUCAGCAAACAACAACAGCAUCGAUAACUCGUUCGAGAUCAUCUUCGUCUACUCAUUCGAGUUUUUGUGAAAUUAUUGAUUAUGUCAAACCGAUACGAGAGAGAACACCAACGUUUAUAACACUGACAGACGAUGAAAUUCAACAUGAGGAGCAACCAUCAAUAGAAUCUACAACAAAAAAACGCAAACAUCGACAUCAUAGUAGUCGACAUCAUCAUCGAUCGAAGAAGAGUAAAAAAUCCAAACAUCAUCAUCACCAUCAUCAUAGAUCGACAAAAACAUACAGACAAUCUCAUUUAUCGUCUCAAGAUGAAAUAAUAACAGGUUUUAAUGAGGAAAUUAUAACGUCAUUACUAAUUCAACCACGCAAACGAUCGAUAUCGACAAAUAGUCGUGAACCAUAUUCAUCUGUUUCUCCUCAAUGUCUUCCAUCAUCUGUAGUUGUAUCAGUGUCAUCGUCCGAUAAUCAAACUGAAUCAAGACGCUUAAGCAGUUUAAUCACAAUCCCGAAACGUCAACGUUUAUCAACACUAACAGAUAUUGAGGAUAAAUCAUAUCAAGAUUCCAAGAGACAAAGAGAAGAUUAG